UCCUCAGGGGGGCUUUUCCUGUGUCCCCUGUUACUGCUCAGCCGGUCUCCAGCUGCAUCCCCCGAGAUAAGUGGGGCCCCAGCAGGGACGGCUGUGCCGGGGCUGCCAGCAGCGUUCGGGGAUGGCGCUGGGUGCUGCUGCCGCCCUGCUCCGGGCGCUGCUGCUGGGGGGGCUCUGCUCAGCCCCCACCCUGGGGCUCCUCCAGGACCCCCCUGCUGUGUACCAGGGACCCCCCGACAGCUAUUUUGGCUUCGCCCUGGAUUUCUACCAAAUCGACGGCAGGCCUGGCGUGGCGGUGGGAGCCCCCCGCGCCAACACCUCCCAGCCCGGCGUGGUGCAGCCCGGCGCCGUCUUCCUCUGCGCGUGGCCCCCGGACGGCAACCCCUGCCGCCCCCUCCCCAUGGACGCGGCGGGAGACGAGACCGAGACCCAGGGCACCUUGGAACUCCACACCUACAAGUCGCACCAGUGGCUGGGGGCGUCUGUCACCACCUGGGAUGGCAAACUGGUGGCCUGUGCUCCGCUGCAGCACUGGAAUGCGAUGGAGGGCCAGCAGGAAUCUUUCCGCACGCCGACGGGCGCCUGCUUCGUGGCUGACCCCGAGCUGCACCGCGUGGCCUGGUACUCGCCGUGCCGCGACGAGCUCAUGGCCAACACCUACCGGCAGAGCAACUAUGCCUACGACCGGCGAUACUGCGAGAUCGGCUUCAGCGCCGCCGUCACCGCGAAUGGCCGUCUGGUGCUGGGAGCCCCCGGCGGGUACUUCUUCAUGGGGCUCCUGUACACCGUGGAGGUUGAUGCUAUUCUCACCCGCUUCCACGGACGGUCCCUGCUGUGGCCCGAGCGCCCGGGACGCCCCACAACGGAGCAGAUGUCCAUGGACUAUGAGGAUGGGUACCGGGGGUACUCGGUGGCCGUGGGAGAGUUCGAUGACGACCCCAGAACCAAAGAAUUCGUGGUGGGGGUCCCCAACAAGAGCAACACAAGGGGCGAGGUGGAGAUCUUCAGCGCAGGGGGGACUUUGCGCCAGCUGCAGGGCAUCGACAGUGAGCAGGUGGCAUCGUACUUCGGGCACGCGGUGGCUGUGGCCGAUGUCAAUGGGGACGGGCGGGAUGAUGUGCUGGUGGGUGCUCCGCUGUACCUGGCGCGGCAGGCGGACGGGCAGCGCGGCGAGGUGGGGCGCCUCUACCUCUACCUGCAGCGGGGGCGGAGGGGCUUCACCCGGCCCCCCCAGACCCUGACGGGCACCCACCCCUACGGGCGCUUCGCCGCCGCCAUCGCCAGCCUCGGUGACCUGGACAAGGAUGGCUAUGAUGAUGUGGCUGUGGGUGCCCCAUUUGGGGGUGAUGGUGGCAGUGGGCAGGUCUUCAUCUUCCGCGGGCAGAGUGAGGGUUUGAUGCCGGUGCCCACCCAGCGUCUCAACAGCCCCUUCCCCGGCCCGUCCGCCUUUGGCUUUGCCCUACGUGGGGCCACUGACCUGGAUGGCAAUGGCUACCCGGAUCUGCUGGUGGGGGCGUAUGGGGCAGCCAAGGUGGCCGUGUACCGGGGACAGCCCGUGGUGGUGGCCAGGACCCAGCUGAGCGUUCCCGAUGGGCUGAACCCCAAGAUCCUGGCGUGUGUCCUGCCCGGCUCCGGUGCCCACGUCAGCUGCUUCCCCGUGGUGCUGUGCGUCAGUGUGACAGGCCAGCGCAUCCCCCAGAACAUCAACCUCGCGGCCGAGCUGCAGCUGGACCGGCUGAAGCCCAAGCUGUCCCGGAGGGUCCUGCUGCUGCAGGGCCACCAGUCGUCCUGGCACGGGGAGCUGAUGAUGUCCCCAGGGUCACCCCCACAGUGCCACAACCUCACCGCCUACCUGCGGGACGAGGCCGACUUCAAGGACAAGCUGAGCCCAGUGGCGCUGAGCGUGGCGCUGGCGCUGCCCGUAGGGACCCGGGGGCUCGUGCUCUAUGGGGACACUCAGGUGCAGGCACAGACCCAUCUCCUCCUGGAGGACUGUGGCGAGGACAACUUCUGCGUCCCCGACCUCAGCCUGGCCGCGCACACGCCCAGCCAGCGGCUGCUCAUUGGGGCGGAGGCCACACUGCGCCUGCACACCACGGCCACCAACGCGGGCGAAGGGGCUUUUGAGGCUGAACUGCGGGUGCAGCUGCCGCCCGGCACCCACUACCAGGCGGCCAGGAGCAACAUCCCAGGACAGGAGAAGAUGAGCUGCAACCCCAAGAAGGAGAAUGGGACCCAUGUGGUGCUCUGCGAGUUGGGCAACCCCAUGAAAGCAGGUGCCCAGAUCACCGUGGACAUGGAGCUGAGCGUGUCCGGGCUGGAGGACAUGGGUGAUGCCAUCACUUUCCAGCUCCAGCUGCGGAGCAAGAACAGCCCCAGCCCUGUCAAUGUGUCGGUGACAGUGCCUGUGGAGGCGCAGGCGGAGAUGGAGCUGCGAGGCAACUCCCUGCCUGCCACCACGGUGCUGCCCAUGAGCUGGCACAGGGUGGAGGGCAGCCGUCAGCUUGACGACCACGGCAUCAGGGUUGAGCACGUCUACCAGCUCCACAACAAGGGUCCCAGCACCGUCAGCGGGGUCACCCUGCAUCUCGCUGUCCCCAGCCGGCUGGGUGGCCACAUCCUGUUCUACCUGCUGGAGCUGGGCACCGAGGGUGGCAUGAGCUGCACCAACCCACCCAACCUCAACGCCAACCAGCUGGAGAUUCCCCAGCCCACGGGCGCAGCGCCCCGAAAUGGCACCCACCGGCGGGAGCGCAGGGAGGUGGAGGAGCCCUUGGGUGCUGGGCUGGAGGAGCCCAUCACCGUGAACUGCAGCAAUGCCACGUGCGUGGACAUCAUCUGCCGUGUGCCCAGCCUGGCCAAGGACCAGCGGGCGCUGGUGAGCAUCCAGGCCCUGCUUUGGAUGGACACCCUGCAGCAGCGGGAGCACCUCCUGAAGCAGUUCCUCAUCCAGUCACAAGCCUGGUUCAACACCUCGGCCAUGCCCUACCACGUCCAGCCCCGUGUCCUGCCCACCGGAGAGGCCAUGGCUGUCACUGAGGUGGUGCGCACCAGCCCGGCGGGCGAGGGGGCUGUGCCUUUGUGGUGGGUGGUGCUGGGGGUCCUGGCCGGGUUCCUGCUCCUUACCCUCCUCAUCCUCUUCAUGUGGAAGGCGGGUUUCUUCAAGAGGACACGGCCACCCAUGGAGGACAUGGAGGAACUGGCACCUGGCCAGGCCCAGGAGCCAGAGGGUGCCCAGGGCUAGCGGCGUACCCCGGAGUCUCCCCGCACCCCCACAGCAUGGCCUGUUCCCUGUCCCAGCCCCCGUGCCCUCAACACCCCCGGGUGCUCAUGGGACACAGCACCCAUGUCCCAGCGCCCCCGCCCAGGAUGGGUCCCACCACCACCUGCUGGGAUGGUGCCUGUGACCCAUCGGAUGGUGCCCACCACCUGCUGGGAAUGUGUCCAUGACCCACCGGAUGGGUCCCACCGCCCUGUCCCAGCACCCUUGGGUGCUCGGGGGGUCCAACCGCCCCCGCGCCUCCCGGACAAUAAACCCUCUGCCCGUCACCGGGGUGCUUC